AGCUUGGCAUUUACCAUGUAGUAUCUUUAAUCUCUUAAUAGCCUCCUUCAUAGGUGGUGAGUGCUACCCAACAAAUGCUCCUCAGAAAGGAUCAACACGUUUUCCCAUUUAUUUUUUUUGGUAGCAGUCCCACACUUGCUCCAGUCAAACAAACUUGUUUUUUGCUGUUUACUGUAACAGGGAAGAAAUUGUGGAUUUAGGCAUAAGAAAGGUGUUGCUGCCAGUUGGCUAUUCCAUUACUGGCACAGGAUUAGCCAAGUGAUAUAUGAAUCAGCUUGCUCUAGGCUUUCCUAAUUGGCACAGGCUUCCUAAAUCUUCUGCUUGGUUCACAGCAGUGGUUUGUUCAGAUGUGGGAAAUUAUGGAGAUCAUUUAAAGCAACAGCAAAGCCAUACUCCUUUCUGAAAUAAUCCUUCAUGUUUAAUGCUUCUCUGGUGCAUCAGGUGAUUGAAUACUGCUCCCAGUUUUAUGGAAGGACCAAAGACCUGCAAUAGCUGCGAGAUACAAAACCUCAAAGAAAAAAAUAAACCUGUGUGAGCAAACCCACGCUUUUCUCUGGGGGGAAAUAAAUGAACAGGAUCCAAAUAUUGCCUGGGUCACAUCUCCUUUCACUGCAGGCUUACAGAUUGAAAUGAAAGUUUCAGUAUGCUCCGAAGGAGUUGUGGAAAUGAAGGCCUUGGGGGGGGAUGCUCUCCAGAGUUAUUUCCAUAGACACCAUCUGUGGUUUAGGAAGUCUUGGAGCCCAAACCAGUGAAGGCUGGGAGCAUUAUCAGUUACUGCUCCGUGUUUCUUCUGUUCUUUUGCUCCCAUGUCAUGGGUUGAUGUUUGCUGACUGCAGAGCAGGAAGAAAGGGCUAAUAAGAGGUUUUCUUCUCCCUUUCCAACAAUAUUCUGCCCACCAGAAUGCAAAGUAAUGCCAACCCUCCUGAAAGCUGUUAUUUAGUAUUUGAAAUUGUUGAGAGCUGCUGAGGGGUGACUUUCAUCCUGAUUCCUUAGUCAUGGAAUUAAAAAAAAAAUUAAAAAUCACAUAGGUUAAAGUAAAACUGAUGUGUUUAUAUGGGAUCUGUAACCAAACACACACUCAGUGUGUGCUUCCCUCAGAAAUUCCAUUUUAUAUCUUCUGAGGAACUGGAACACUUGUUGCAAAACAUUCAGUGGGUUGAGGCUGGAAGUAUUGCUGAGGCUGGUCAAUAGGAGCAGAAACCUUUCUCUACCUUUAUUUAAAACCCCACUCUUCAUCUAAUAAUACCUCUAAAGGCUGUCAGAGUGAAGGGAUGCGUUUGGUGUUUCCUGCCCCCUCAGAGGCGCCGCAUCCUCCCGGAGCGCGUGUGGAGCAACACAAGUUGGUUCUACACAUGAUUUAUUGGGAAGGUUUUUACUGUCCCCAUUUGGUGUUUAAAAAGAUUAAAUGCAUGGCCUACAUAUUAAAGACACUCAACAGCUGGUUCUGGUGGGAGAAUAUCUGGAUGCCAAUCAAUUGUACAUGGGCAGAUUUUGUAGACCGGGAUGGCCUUGUCUUUCCCAAACCACAUCAGUUAUAUGCCACAAUUCCAUAUGCUUUUGUAUUGCUGAUUAUCCGAUUCUUCUGUGAAAGAUAUGUUGCCAUUCCUCUGGCAAAAGCCUUGGGUAUAAAGAAUGUAAGACGUGUGAAGCCACAGCCUAAUCCUGUUUUAGAGAGUUAUUUCCGGGAGUGCUCAAGACAUCCAUCCCAAUCAGAGAUUCAAGGCCUUGCCAAGAAGUGCAACUGUACCGUCCAUUUGGUGGAGAAGUGGUUUAGGAGACGGCGGAACCUUGAGAUCCCAACAGUCCUUCGGAAAUUCCGGGAGGCUUUCUGGCGUUUCUCAUUCUAUCUGACAUCCUCCAUUGUUGGAUUUAUAUUUCUGUAUGAUAAACCCUGGUUUUACGACAUCUGGCAGACGUGGGCUGGAUACCCGUUUCAGACCCUGCUGCCAUCCCAGUACUGGUACUACAUGGCUGAGAUCGGGUUUUACUGGUCUCUCUUAUUUACCCUUGGGAUCGACAUCAAAAGGAAGGAUUUCAUGGCUCACGUUGUCCAUCACUUGGCAGCCAUCGGGUUGAUGAGUGGCUCUUGGUGUGGUAACUACGUGCGCCUCGGGACUCUGGUGAUCUUUGUGCACGACACUGCAGAUUUCUGGCUCGAGGCAGCCAAGAUGUUUAAUUAUGCUCACUGGGAGAAAACCUGCAAUAUACUCUUUAUCAUCUUCUCUAUCGCAUUCUUCAUCACCAGGAUCAUCCUGUUCCCCUUCUGGAUUCUUCGUGCCACACUCUAUCUGCCAACCUACUAUUCCACGACUCCUGUCAUAGCCUAUUUUUUAUUCAAUGGGAUGCUGUUGAUCCUCCAAGGCCUGCAUUUAUACUGGGGUUACCUAAUCUACAAGAUUUUGAAAAGGUUCGUUUUCCUAAAGGACUUGAAAGAUGAUCGGAGUGAUGAAGAGGAGGAAGAUUCUGUCACAGAUACUGAGGAGGAGUCCACAAAGAACGGCAGCAAGAGCAGCAGUGGGUCAAGCAAACACCUCCUCAGUGGCAGUCACCACUAGCCCUGUCCUGCCCCACCUCCUGCAGUGAUUUCUGCUCUGGUUUCAGCCCAACCUACAGGAUAGAAUUUGAGUCAAAAGGCUUGUGAGAGACUGUGAUUGAUUUAUUGUUGGCUACUGGACCUGGAAAAAAGCCCAGUUUAGAGGGAAGGGAGAAAUUGCAUCAAAUCACAAAAUGUGUUAAUGACCCACUUUCUGAAUCGUUGGGAAGUGUGUGGGAAGAGGUUUGGACACUGACAGUGCUCCACUAGGGCAGAGCUCAGGGUCAAAUAAUUCAGUGUCUCACUGGUUUUCAAUGCGAUAUAUUCCAUCACACAGUUUAAGUCACAGAUGUUUUGGGGUAGGUAACUUAGUGUGAGCUCCAUUAGGAACCAGAAUUACUCAACGUGGGAAAAAUCUGACAGUGCUCUGCAGGGACUGGCACUUCAGUCUUUACUCUUCAGUUGAAACCCUCAUCAAAAAUGAUAUUUUUUUAAGUUAGAUUUCAUUUCCUGGAGGCUGGAGGAAGCAAACAUGGAGGAAUUCAAAUGACUUGCCUGUGAAGAGUUGGCUUCAGUGCAGAAAUACAGACCUUCUCUGAAAUGUGCUGUAUGAUAGAUAGGUCAAAUAUUGUGUUCUAAGAUUUACCUGUCAAGGAAACCACUGUUAAAACAGCAAAACUCAACCCUGACUCUCCAUUGAGCUCCAGGUUUCCCAAAUGUUUUUCAGUCCUUUUGGCCCAGUGUUAGAACAGAAGGGGCAGUGGGGAGAGAAGAGAGUGAAUGGAAAUUGGGUCUUUUCACAGAUCCUUAUGCACUUACUUAUAUUCAAAACACCCCCUGUUCCUGACACAUCUUCAGCCCAGAGGGUUAAAAACGAAUCUCAUCCAGUCCCUUCUUGUGAGCUCCUUGGAUAUUGUGUUCUCUGGAGCAAGUGCUAAAUUCUGAUUUGAGGUUGUGGAGUGUUCACUGCAGGUAUCCAGGCUUUGGGGACUGGCAUGGAAUGUCCCUGUCAGUGCUGUGGGUUCAUCUGGUACCAGGAUCUGUAUUUCCAUCUCUGCUCUGUUGUAAAAUGGGGAAUCACAUAAGUUAGAGCCAAACUUAGUGUGACUUUGGCCACAUACCAUUGUUCAUCUGUAAGCAGUGGAGGAACUGUGGAUGUUUGAUCAGUUCACCAAAGUGCCUCUAUCCUAAAUUUGCCCCUCUUUUCUAACCCCAUUGUGGAGUGCAGCAGCAUUUUCAGUCCCUGGGCUUUCCAGGGAGAGCCUGGGCCUUGUAAACAGGGUGGUGCCAGUCUCACUUCCAGCUGCAUGAGCUCACAAGGCCAUAAAUGAUUGGUGUCAUAAGUUUUAGAGGCUCUGCAUGUGAUUCUACAGUAGCUGAGAUCAUCUGGGGAGCUAAAUCCAGUAGCCUGAUGAAGGCCAGGGGAGCAGGGCUAGAACAGCCCUGGAGCAGAGCACUUGGUUUGGGAAGGCUCUGCUUCCCUUGGGCUGCUCGGGCAGGAAUUGGUGACCUACAGGAAGUGUGACAUGACUGACUUGUUUUCCCAAGAUUUCCUUGGCAAGGGGGAUGUAAUUCAGUGACUGAAGUAUUUGAAAGAAGGGGAAAUGUUUGGGAUCUCAGAUAUGAAGAGAGGAGUGUUUUCUGUGCAGGUACAAGAAGCUGCAGAAGUGCUUUGUUACAGAGGCUUCGUUUUUUGCAGUGUUUGAUUUUUUUAUUUGCAUUUUGGAGCAGGUAGUACCCCAAAUGUGCCUGUUUUACCACACAGAGAAUUCCACUGAGGAAGGAGCAUGGCCUACAGCUUCUGAGGAGGAUGGGAGAUGUGUGCUGGUGGAAUGGGACCAUCUAAAGCAACUGCUGAGUUUGGCAGGGGCACGGUUGCAUAGCAGGGCCUGUUUAUUGCCUACAUGAAAAACACUGGCCUUUCCUAACAAAACGUGGAAAUCCAGCAUCUUGGAGGCUUUACACUCCCUUGGAGAGACAACUGUGCUUUCUUUGAGAUGUAAAGGAGUUUUGGGAGGUGGCCAGGGUAUUAUCAUUUAAUUUUGGUGCCAGAAGCUUUCCUCCUAUGACUAGGAAAGGAAUUCAGGAAAGGAAACACAAGGAAUGAUGUUGUCACGGGAAUGAGCUCUGAACAACUACUGAUUUUUAAACUGGAAUUUAUAGUCUCCUUGAGGCCAAACCUUGCCCUUUCUGCUCAGGACAAGCCUCCCACUGAAGCCAAUUAACUGAAUUGGAGUCUUGCCUAGGAGAAAUUUUGGAUUUCAGUUAUCCAGCCUAAUUGCCAGAACUGUUGUUCUAAGUCAUUGUGAAACUGGGGUCUUUGAGGAAGAGCAGAAGGUAGAUAAAUACACUCAAAUGUAAAGAGGCAAAUUUUGGGUGAGUACAGAAGAAUAUGGAAGAAAACAACAUCCUGAGGGUGAAGAUUGUCUGGGCACAGUAAACAACCAAAUAACUCCAUCAUGUGUCAGUGAGGGGUGUUGAGGGCAGGGGUUACUGCCAUGGCACACCCAGGGAUUAGACCUAAACAUCCUGAAUGUGAAGCUCUAGGAACUGGGAAUAAAUACUCCCAGCACAGGAAGAAGUGGGAAUGGAUUGUGACAGUGAGACUGGAUGUAUCUCCCCUGUUAACAUCAGAUUGGUCAUUCCUGAAGUUAUGGGAGCUUCAUUUUCCACUUUUUACUGAUAGAAACCCAGAAACAAGAAGCUGAGCUCACGGGGACACAAUUCCUGCCAAAGAAAUUCAUGUCAUGGUGCUUCAAGAUUUUCAGUCUAUUCAAUGCAAUGCAAUGAAAACUCAGCCUUAACAUUUUUAUAAUCUUAGUGUGAAAAGAGUCUCCAAAUGCAGGUGCAGAAAAGCUGUAGGUGUGGCUGGGAGCACAGGCUCUGACAUGUUAUUGUCACCAUUUCACAAAGGGUGUCCUGGUUCAAUGAGGUGACACAGUGCUUCUGGCUUUGCUGUGUCAGUCUGACUGUGCCAAAAUAUUUCUGAUAGUUAUAGACUGAAAAUCAAAUCUUAAUCCAUCAGACUCAGGGGAAACUCUUCUGUUCCAUUUAAUUUCUCUGUCUUUAGUUCAGGUAUUCCUGUCCACGUGUACUACGCUGCCUCUGUACUUAUUUCAUACUUAGAUUUACCAGCUUGCUCUGGAUUUUAUUUACAGAUCUCCUUUGCUCCACAGAACUAAUUUUCUCAAUUCAUAUUAUUUGGUAUAAUUAUCUUUUUUUGUUGUUCUUAACACCACUGACUUUGCCUGGUCAGUUGUGAUACACAUUACAAAUAAAUAUUUUUUGAAAA